GCAGGGCGAUGGAUUGUCCGUAAUGUCUGGUAUAGUGGCAUUCUCGGAAUGGCGCAAACUGCCUGUUAGUUUGAGCGAACUAUGCAUUAAUACGACGUUGCGUUGCGGCCAAUCAUUCAGAUGGCACAACGUUCCUGACAGUGACGAAUGGCGAUGUGUGUUGCACGGCCGCUUGCUGUCCCUGAGACAGGAUUCGACGUAUCUCUACUACCGUGCCUAUGAGCCUGCGAAGACGAGAGCACUCGAAUCACCACCCAAGAAGACACCAGGAAAGGAUGGCGAGGGACCAGACGAAACGCUGUCGCUGAUCAAGCAUUACUUCAAUCUCUCGUCGAACCUCACGGAUCUGUACUCGCAGUGGUCGAGUCAGGACCCGAAUUUCAAGAAGAAGGCACCCCAGUUUACUGGGAUUCGCAUCCUACGCCAGGACGCCUGGGAAGCCCUGAUAUCAUUUAUAUGCAGUAGCAACAACAACAUCGCCCGUAUCUCGCAGAUGGUAGAGAAGCUAUGCAUUCAUUACGGCCCGCCGAUUGGCACAGUUGACGAUCGCGCGUAUCAUGAUUUCCCGUGUCCCGAAGCAUUAACGGGAGAGGGCGUCGAAGCAAGCCUGCGAAGUCUCGGGUUCGGCUACCGGGCCAAGUUCAUCUACAAGACUGCUGUAAUGGUCUCCCAGGAGAGGGAACAAGGAUGGCUGGAUUCUCUUCGAAACCCGGAAUCUCCUUCGCUCGGCGUCGAGGCAGCGCCGGGAGGCGAGAUGAAACCUGAAGGCAGAGACGGGUACCGGGAAGCGCAUGAGAAACUGUUGGAACUCCAGGGAGUUGGGCCAAAGGUUGCUGACUGUGUCUGCCUGAUGGGAUUGGGAUGGGGUGAGUCCGUCCCUGUCGAUACCCAUGUAUGGCAAAUCGCCGUCCGAGACUACAAAUUCGGCCGCGGGGCACACAAGUCGCUGACCAAGGCUACCUACGAUGCGGUGGGGAAUCAUUUCCGCAAACUCUGGGGCAAGGAAGCCGGCUGGGCGCAUAGCGUACUGUUUACUGCAGACCUGAAGACCUUUUCAGAUCGACUGUCUGCCUCCAAGAAGAUGAAGGUUGACAUUGACGUCAAGGAGGAAAAGGAUCAUCUCGAACUCGACAUGAAAGUCACCACGGCAAUAGCUAUCAAGCGGCCAGCCGAGGAUGAUGAGAUAAAGGUCGAGAAGGAGGAGGAGAAGGAAAACAUUAUUAUUCAGGCUUCAGAAACGACGCGCUCGACGAGGUCGACGAGAGCAUCGAAGAGGUUGCGGAGAUGAAUGAGCCAAUCUGAAAGCCAGGGCGGCUUCUUAUAAAUAGGUAUUCCGCAGUGGCUCAGACUAGUGAUACCAUGGCCAUUGCCGCGCACACUUCUUCAAUGAAACCUAAGUUUAUGUUGAGAUGUCUAGUCUUCUUUCCUUACCUUUCGACCAUAUAACCAAUCAUGUCGAUGACAACAAGUCCCAGCCCAUGAACCAAGCACUCCGUGCAUUACGUUGUAAUUAUACAAGCCUAUCAAGCCGCAGUUGCCUGUGAAGGUAUCCAGCCCGAACCCUGUAUACUCCGUUCUCCGUACAUCUUCUUCUUGUACAGAGUAGAGAACGGAUCGGGGAAGCGAAGGAAUUUG